AUGAGCAACUUUGGGUACCACAAACAGCUUGGCAAGUAUGAGGACAUCGAUGAAGAUGAACUUCUGGCCUCCCUGACUAAUGAAGAAAUCCAGUACUGGGAGAACGAGACUCACAGAUUGCUAGAGCUUGGCAAGUAUGAGGACAUCGAUGAAGAUGAACUUCUGGCCUCCCUGACUAAUGAAGAAAUCCAGUACUGGGAGAACGAGACUCACAGAUUGCUAGAGGACAGCAUGGAUGAGUGCCAGACAGAUAAGAGCGAAGAGGAAUGUGGCAGUGAAGAGCCUGAGGAUAAUGAAGAGGAGAGAGAGCAACAAAAUUGGGGGCUCAGAACAGGGGGAGAUGGGGAGAAAGAAGCUAGGUCAAGCAAUUGGAAUUUUGUGGAUUUAUCCAGAUUAGAUCGCAAGAGGAAUGGCAAUAGUGGUCAAAAACCUAAAGGCAUUCAUAAAGGUGCCCUUCAUCACCAAGUUACACCAGAGAGGCCAAGUGGUAACCCCACUGAUAUUGUUAAGACCUUGGAAAACAUCUUGAGUAAUGACACCUCCUUGAAUAAAGUCAACCUCAACAACAUUGAGAACAUAUCCCAAGAGGUUUUGGUGAGUUUUGCUGAUGCAUUAAUCUCCAACACUCACGUUGAGGUUUUCAGCCUUGCCAACACCCAUGCGGAUGACCAAGUAGCUUUUGCUUUGGCCAAAAUGCUGAAGAAGAACUGCAGCAUCACCAACCUUAAUGUUGAGUCCAACUUCAUUUCAGGCAAAGGUAUCCUGGCUUUGAUUGGGUCAGUUCAGUACAACACAACACUGGUGGAGCUCCGAUUCCACAACCAGCGGCACAUCUGUGGAGGCCAAGUGGAGAUGGAAAUGGUGAAAUUGCUAAGGGACAACACCACCCUGUUGAAACUGGGAUACCACUUUGACUUACCUGGCCCAAGGAUGAGCGCAACCGGUAUUUUAACCCGCAACCAGGACCGCCAGAAGCAAAUGCGGCUGCAACAAAGGAGAGAACAAGACAAUCUAGAAAGAAGUGAGGAACAAUCCAAGACAUGGGAUACUGUGGACAAUACGCAGUCUCUUCAGUUCCAGAUUUCAACAAACAAAGAUGCUACACAAGGGAAGCAGCACUUGGUCUCUUCUCAUUUACCAAAGCAUCCUCACAGUCAACCAGAACUUGUGAAUAACGUGCCAACUAGAAAAAUAGCUGAAAUGGUCAAGCAACAAAAAGAAACCGCAAUGGAUAGCACUGUUCGAAACCAGACUAAUGCAAAUAAAGGACUCAAAAUUACAGGGGAUAAACAUAGCAAGAGCAUUUUUCAAAAUGAAAAACCAGUACCUUUGAGAAGAAAAGAUGAAAGAAAGAGUCUGGGAGGCACCCAGGGGUCAACGCGUGAUGAUCUGUUGGCAGCUAUUCGUAGAAGCAGCAUUGGUACACUACGAAGGGAGCAAGCUGCACUCACGACUUUGCCGGUUUGA